GGCAGCCGCAGGGGCUCUGGGGCCAGGGGCGGCGAUGCUCGGGACAGCCCGGCUGGCAGGGCCGCGCUCGCGGGGGACCCUGCAGCCCCGGGCGAGGAGGAGUGGGGGCCCUGGGACGGGGCCAGCAUGGCCGGCGACGACCCCCGCCACCCCUACAAGAGCUGGAACACCGUCCUGCACAACGUCUACUCCGGCGGGGGGCCGGCCGCCGCCCCCAGGCGGCCUGGCUACGGGACCAGGUACUUCCAGNCAGGCUUGCCUGACUUGAUCCCAGAUCCGUACUACAUUCAAGCCUCCACCUACAUUCAGCGCGUGCAGAUGUAUGCCUUGAGGUGUGCGGCUGAGGAGAACUGCCUGGCCAGAUCCGCCUACCGACCAGGUGUGACCGACAUCAGCUACAGGGUGCUGCUCCGCUUUCCACAAAGGGUUAAAAACCAGGGGACCGCUGACUUCCUCCCAGUGAAGCCGCGCCAUGCCUGGGAGUGGCACAGCUGCCACCAGCAUUACCACAGCAUGGAUGCCUUCAGCAACUACGACCUCCUGGAUGCAGUGUCCCAGAGAAGGGUGGCGGAAGGGCACAAGGCCAGCUUCUGCCUGGAGGACACCACAUGCGAUGUGGGUUUUCGACGGCGCUAUGCCUGCACGGCCCACACCCAGGGCUUGGGGCCAGGCUGCUACGACACCUACAACGCCAACAUUGACUGCCAGUGGAUUGACAUCACAGAUGUGCCCCCUGGCAACUACAUCCUCAAGGUGACCGUCAACCCGAACUUCCUGGUGGCUGAGUCGGAUUUUACCAACAACGUGGUGAGGUGCAGCCUCACGUACACGGGAACCUUUGUCACCACGCGGAACUGCCGCAUCACCAGAUUCUAGCCGGGGCCCCUCUGCAAGCGACAGGAGCACCAGCCCCCACACCCGCUCCACAGGAUGCCUCUGCCACUACGUGGCUCCCCCAACCACAGCGCUUGCCCCAGGGGAUGCCCUGGGACCCUCUCUGCCGCGUUGCUUUUCCAUGUCUCUUACCUGGUGCCCGUGGUCAGAUGGGAAUCCAGGUAGAGCAGCUGCCCAGGGCUCAGCACUGCCCGAGCUGGAGAUCGCAGCAUCCAUCCCUGAACAAAACUCGAAGCUGUCCAGUCCUUGCUGCACUGCUGCCGGCUCAGGCAUCGCAUUUUCCUGCCAGCAUUGCUCGCUCUGGGGUCUGCACAGGCUCAGACAAGGGAAGGCAUGGUACCUCACACCUGGGUGGUAUCUCAUGCUCCCUGCUGCUCAGGAGCCAAGUUUUUCUCCGGCUCCAUCCCAGCCCAACAGGGCCUCCCAGCUGUGGGGCAGCUUGUACCCACCGCUUCCCCCUGCAAUGAUCCCCAAAUCCUGGUAGUCAGAGCUGCUUUAUCAGUCACUUCCCACAGCCCAGAGAGGAACAGCCCCUGUCCAGCUGGGACCCCAGCUCAGGGGUGAGCGGUAGGGAUGAGGCCAGCCUGAGUGGGGAGAGGGGGGAACGGGGCUUGGCCAUAGGGUGGGGAGGCUCCAGGGGCCGGCUCUGUUGUGGUGGUGGCAAAGCUGGGGGGACACGGGCAGGCUGGGAGCCUGCAGCAGGGAGAUGCUGCAACCUGUGUUCUUUGAUCCUCUGAAUAAAAUUCACAAUACUGGAA